AUGUUUUCUGUCAAACGUGGCUUGCACACCACGGCCCUAGCAUGUGCCAGAACCAAAUACACGAAACCUAAGCCCAAACCUAGAUUCAGGCGCAAUGUCAGAAGCCCCACGCAAACUACACACCACAAUAACAAUUUGAGUGUCACAGCGCCUAUUCCACCAGCUGCAGCUAAUAUUGUCACCCCUGAUGACCAUCCUCUGUGGCAGUUUUUCGCCGACAAAAAGUAUUUGCGCAAGUUCGACGAGCUCGACAAUGACUCCAGACCAUGGGCCGUUCCAGAACUGAGAAGAAAGUCAUUUGAUGAUCUUCAUUCACUGUGGUACACCUGUCUGCGAGAGAGAAACGUCUUAGCUCGUGAAAAUCAUUUGCUUAAGAAUGACAUGGGCUCCAACCAAGACUCGUACGAAACCGUGGCGGAGAAAAUCAGAACCACUAUGUGGAGAAUCAGACACGUCAUCAGUGAACGGGACUGGGCUUUUCAAAAGGCGAACCAGGAACUUGGUUCUCAAAGAGAACAGUUUCUCAAGGAAUUUGAAAACGAUUUUCUGGAAGCCCCUGCUGCAGAAGACGAGGAGUCUUUCGAAAAAUUGGCCAGACUGCAACAGAGCAUCUUCGGAAUUAGCGAAUACAUCGACGAGAAUACUGUGGAUAGAUCAUUUGUCGAUGGAAUGAAAUAUGUGGCAACCUUGAAACUCAGAAAAUUUGCAUCCAGACAAAGCGAAAUCCUAGACCUUUUGGAACAAUCUGAACAUAGCAUACAGGAUGCUGGAGAGGCUUUUGUUCUGUUUACCGCGGAAAAUACGGAAGCGGCUGUCAAAGAAGCUUGUGAUAUCGUCAAGGACCUAAGGGCGAAGAAUAGCUCGGUUUCGCGCUAUGAAGAACUAGAAACGGUCGGCGACUAUAUAAAGCAACUAGCUGCUUCCCAAGUGGAAAAUAACACCUCUUCCAGUGCAUGA